AUGGAGCGGUGGGUGCUGGUGGUGGGCGCGGCGUGGCUGGCGGCGGCGUCGGGGGGGCCCCGGCCGGGCGGCCAGUCGGCGUCGUGGGACGAGGUGAACGUGCUGGCGCACGGGCUGCUGCAGCUGGGCCACGGCCUGAAGGAGCACGUCGAGCGGACGGGCGGGCAGCUGCGCGCCCUGGGCGGCCGCCUGAGCGCCCACAACGCCUCGCUGGCCCGCCUGCAGCGCCGCCUCGACGGCCGCGUCGCCCAGCUGGCCGCCCAGCUGCCGGCCCUGCUGGCCCAGCUGGCGGCCCACAAGGCGGCCGUGGGCCAGCGCCUCGAGCGCCUCGACGGCCGCCUGCGCCGCCACGGCACCCACAACGGCGGCGGCGGCGGCGAGGAGCUGGGCGCCCUGCAGGAUUUCGUGAGCCGCCAGAACUUGAGAAUCGAAGAGCUCUUCCAGAAACUUAAACAGCAGCAGUACCGGAUGGAUAAGCAGAAUCUGCAGAUUAAGAGUCUUCAGAGUAAGGUCAACAUGUUACUGCCGAUGCACAUCAAAGAAAACGAAACGCAGACGCCCCGAUGGAAGAACAGUGUCGUCCGCAGUGCCGACCGAGCAGCCAAUCACAGCCAAAUUGCCCGGGCAUGGACUUUGGAGGCCUCCGAAUUCCCUACUGGUUGUCCCCAGCUUUACCUGGAGGGAGAACGGAACAGCGGGGUGUUCCAGAUCCAGCCUCCUGGCUCAAAGUCUUUCGAAGUCUUUUGUGACCUGGCUUCAGAUAGUGGGGGCUGGACGGUAAUUCAGAGGCGUCGGGACGGAUCUGUCGAUUUUGACCAGUUGUGGGAGGCCUACAGGAACGGCUUCGGAAAUAUGAGCGGAGACUUCUGGCUGGGCUUGGAUAAAAUCCACCGGAUCGUACGAGAAGGAAUGUUCCGCCUCGUCAUCGAGAUGCAGGACUGGGAAGGGAACUCCCAGCUGGUCCAGUUUCUUUUUAGGCUGGGGGGAGAAGACACUGCCUAUAUGCUCAGCCUCCUGGGCCCCGUCCUCGGGGAACUGGAGAAUGCCAUGGGUGACUUCCCCCAGCUGCCCUUCUCUACGAGGGAUCAGGACCACGACCUCAAGGGAGACGCUAAUUGCGCCAAGCAUCUCUCAGGAGGCUGGUGGUUCAGCACCUGUGGCCACGUCAACCUCAACGGGAAAUACUUCCGCUCCAUCCCCCGCCAGCGGCACGAGAGGAAGCAGGGCAUCUUCUGGAAGACUUGGAAAGGGAGGUACUACCCCCUGAAAUCGACCACCAUGAAGAUCCAGCCCCUGGAGCUGGGAGUGGAAUCCUAGA